AUGGAAGUCUUCGUACACAAUCUUCCCGGAAAUUUUACCAAGGAUUCGUUGAAACAUCAGCUUGAGCCGUUCAUGCGGUCUCUGGCCAUCACUGACUACGACUGCGAAAAACCGAGGAAGAAGCGUUUUGGCCAUAUCCUAUUCCUGAAUCAAUCCGAUGGCAAGAGAUUUCUGGCUCAUCAUGGAGAAGAACGGCGAGCCGGGAGGCGGCGUCCCUUAUCCAAGCUGAACUUACUCGGAUCUCAGGUACUCUGCAAACCGAGCCACCGCAAACCGGACGAAUUCGACCUUCGAGCCCUGGAAAACGAGGUGCAGGAGCGAACCAACCCUUCCCGCAUAAUCGAAGAGGAAGGGGGCUCAGUUUCGUUUAUAUUGUCAACGGCUAGCUGUGGGUACACUGUGUUUGUGGACAAUGAGUUCUCCUACGUGCCAGAGGUGGAACUCCAACAGUAUGACUCUAUCAUCUUCAGGAAGCGAAAUAUUACUGUUCACUUGGGUAACACUCCUCGUAUCAAGAUUCCCCUGAAUACAAUCUAUGAGCUGGUCUGGUCCAAACACGGUUCGUUGCUGCUUACCUUGGUCACAGUCCCGUUAUUUUUCCAAUGCGACGGCCAUUCGCGUAUUCGUCUCACGUCGCCGGGUGGGCCUCAGGCCGCAGUUGUCGGGCAAUGCCUUGUGUACCAGUUUCAAGUCGUCUCAUCUUCAUCGAAUUUAAGAGCACGAAUGGGCAAGGUGGCAGAGUACGACUUGAGUGUUAUAAACUACGAGUUCAAAACAGUGCAUAAUUUUGACAGCUGGCAGUCGCAGCUCACUUUGUUGAGAGACCGUUUGGGAGAGUAUACUAGGGCUGGGACGUUGCCUUUCGGAAUCUUAUUCCAACUACAAGCACUGGUCUACAACGGGUACCUUCCUCCGAAUAUCGUUCUACGUCUGACCAGAAAAUUGGCGAGUAUCACCAAAACAAGAAAGGUGCAAGGGAGGAGACCAAUAUCGGUAAAUUCUAUGAAAAGACUAUUCAACUUGAUUGACUGGCCAUCCCCCUUUGGAGACCCAGAAGAGUUCAGCAUUAAAAGAUUGCUAGAGGUGAUCACGGGAAACGACAAGGACCUCGGCGAAGGGGCUAGCGAAGCAGAGGCUCUCUUUCAGCCCGCUCCGCACCUUGCACAUAUUCAUCGAGUUGUUGUGACCCCUUCCCGCAUAACCUUGCAUGGCCCAGAGACGGAGCCUCUGAAUCGAAUCCUUCGACGCUUUCCGAACCAUCACGAGUACUUUAUCCGCGUGCAGUUCUGCGAUGAGAACGGGGAGGAUAUCUACUUCAAUCCUCGAAUUAACAACAGUUUAAUCUUUGCGAGGUUUAAGAACGUGUUCGCAAAUGGCUUUCAGAUUGCUGGCCGCACUUACACUUUCCUGGGGUUCUCUCAUUCAUCGCUGAGGUCUCGCUCAGCCUGGUUCUCUGCGCCUUUCAUCGACGACGACGGGAGCCUCCAGAGUUAUUUCACAAUUAUUAAGGCCAUUGGAAGGUUCUCGGAGAUAACUUCCCCUGCUCGUUGCGCAGCCAGAAUUGGACAGGCCUUCUCGGAAACCCCAUUUGCCGUGAAUCUGAAGGAAAACGGGAUCCGUGUAUUGCGAAUACCAGACGUACAAGUCGGUGGACGGGUCUUCAGCGACGGUGUUGGGACAAUCUCUGCAAAAGCCGUUGAUAUAAUCCACGGCGUCUUGCCGCCCCGAAACGGAGCGCCAACAUGUUUUCAGAUUCGUCUAGGGGGUGCAAAGGGCAUGCUAUCCUUAGACCCGCGUCUUCGAGGCUCCAAGAUCUGUAUUAGGCCUUCCAUGACCAAGUUCCAGACAGACGACCAGGUAAACGUGGAAAUUUGUGGCUCAGGAUCAAAACCUAUCCCUCUGUUCUUGAAUAGACAAGUGAUCAAGAUCCUGGAGGAUAUGGGCGUUGAUAGAGAGUGGUUUAUGACGCUACAGGAGCUGCGCAUAGAACAGCUGCGAAAGGCCACUGCAACCACCAAGAACACAGCAACCUUUGUUAAAGGCCAGAGUGUCGCCGACUGCGUCAAGCUAUAUCGAUUAUUUCUGUUGUUUCAUAACCUAAAGCUGGACUACAAGAAAAUCCCUUUUCUCCGAGCGGUCGUUGAAGCCAUGGUCCUUCGGGAACUCCGCCUUCUGAAACAUAAAGCACGAAUCCCAGUGCACAAGGGUAUUACGCUGUAUGGUGUCAUGGAUGAGACUGGAUUCCUAAACGAAAACGAGGUCUUUGUGACCUAUCAAGCCAUGGACAGGCUUGCAGCUCCUCCCCAAAACUGCCGUCUGCUUGUCACCCGGUCUCCGGCUUUACACAACGGGGAUAUCCAAUACCCCUACAAUGUCGUUCCGCCUAAGGGUCACCCACUUCAGCAACAGCGGAAUUGUAUCGUCUUCAGCCAAAAAGGUACUCGAGAUCUUCCCAGUCAGCUCAGCGGGGGAGAUCUGGAUGGGGACUUGUACAACAUCAUUUGGGACCCAGCAGCCGCUCCGAAACGCGUCUUUACCCCGGCCAACUACCCCCGUAACCCGCCUCUGGAUAUCAAGCGUGUGGUAGAGAGAGAGGACAUGGCCAACUUCUUUGUCGAGUUUAUGCAAUCCGAUAGACUUGGUGUUAUUGCGACCAAACACAUGAUCUUAGCCGACCAGAUGGAACUCGGUACUUCACACUCCGACUGUAAGAAGCUUGCGCAGCUGCACUCUACAGCAGUAGACUUCUCAAAGACUGGAAUUCCUGUCAGGCUUAAGGAAAUGCCGUUCGUUAAUCGUAGUAGACCAGACUUCCUCGCCCCGGGACCCCUAGCCAAGAUCCACGACAGGCAGAACAUUCAACUUGAGGCCCGCUACGUUCACCCCUAUCCAGAUGACGAUAUUGACUUCAGCCCGGUGCACAAGUACUAUCGAUCUGAGAAGAUACUGGGCAAGCUCUAUCGCGCCAUCAAUGAGCAUGAGAUCUGGACGAAGGAUAUUCACACGACAGUCAAUUCUAAUCCGACCGCCGUGUGGAAGAGGAUAAUAGACUCAUUGACCGGGCGGUGCAUCGCCCUCGGAGCACCCGUAAACUGGAAAGCGCACGUCGAAACAGCUCGUCAACUUCGUUCACUGUACUACAUCCUCCCAACGUACGAAGAUUCAAUGUCCAAUGCGAUGGCUAACUUCUCCAAACACCCCAUCUACCCCUUAACUGAGCUCGAAGUCUUCAUCGGCCAGGUUCUCAAUAACAGUGGCGCCCAAACCAACCGACAGCGCGAACGGUCUAUCAAACUCAAUGAUGAAUUCGAGAGAAUAGCUUCCUUCAUAUUAUCGCAAAUGCGCCCUUCAGGCCUCAUAACAGGUUACGUUGUUUCGGCCUGUGCGCUGUUAAUGGAAGUAGAGGAAUUGGAGAAGAGCAGACGGCUUUACGGUGAAAAUAGGCGCCCACUUCUGGACGCGUUCACAUCCUCCAGGAAAGAGAAAAACGAUUACGAGCCAAAAGGCCUUGAUCGGGCCACGCAAAAAACUACUUUUGAAUACGGUGAAAGGUGGACUGCGGCUGAUGUUGAGGCCAUGUUGCGUCAGCUUGAACUCAACACUAUCGUUUGA